AUGCCCGUGUGCUCUCUCUGUAAUGCGCUGACACCCAGCGGCCGCUUCUGCUCCAAAUGCGGCGCGCCUUUCACCGUCAAAGAGGUGCAGCCGCCUCCUCUGCAGUUUAAUGACCACCAGCAACCUUCACUGCAGUUUAACCAUCAACAGCGAGUUCCGCCGCGGUCGUUUGAAGAGCACGACCAGAAGACACUUCUGUACCAGCAGCAGCAGGCCUACGGCAACACACCGUCUGCCAUUCCCGUUGUGUACGUGGACGGAGACGGCUCGGCGACUAAAAGUAACGGCUGUAACGCAUCGUUUGUUGCGCCAAAUGGAGAGACGAAGAAUUGCAGUUCUUCCAAAGGCUCUGGAAUUCUAAAGGGACGAUACUCAGAUCAUCCCAAUUGUGACGUCUGUGAAAUGGCUUUUGACAUCACCUAUCGUCGACAUCAAUGUCGUACAUGUGGGCGGUACGUCUGCGGUAAUUGCUCCCCACUGAUGCUUUUGAUCCCAGAAGGAGACCAAAUUGAAGGCGCUAAGGGCUACGAUCCGUCCGUUCCGCAACGUGUGUGUUUGCAUUGUGCGCCUCGCUUGCGUCCACUGCAGGAGAAUCUGGUGGCACGAUACGCGAAAGCGAAUGCCGAGACAGCAUUGCAUGAAUCCAAGCCCAGAUUGCAUGUGCCAUUCUCGCCUUCAUUGGAGAAGGAGUGCAUAAAUGCAGCUGAUAUCAUUGGUAACUUUUUCAGGAAUGAUUCCGGUGCAUCAGGAGAUCGGGCGAUCCCGAUCUCCAUGCUUGGGAAUGCACACGGUUUGGCCAUUAUGACAAUCGUCAAGGCUGGGUUCGUCCUAGUUGGCAAGGUUGGUACAGGGAUUGUAUUGUCACGUCUACCAGACGGAUCGUGGUCGGCGCCCUCGGCUAUCGGUACGGUAGGACUUGGUGGUGGCUUUCAGAUCGGCGGAGAGAUCGUAGAGGUCAUGAUCAUUCUAGGCUCUCCUGCAGCCGUUGAGGUUUUCCACUCGCCACAAGUGAACUUGGGCGCAGGUCUGGACGUUGCUGUCGGUCCGUACGGACGAUCGGCAGCCGCUGCCGCGGCGAUCAGCAGCUCUGGUCUUAAUGCGAACUACAGCUACUCGAUGAGCAAGGGUUUGUAUGCUGGAAUUUCACUUCUAGGCUCGGUGAUUGCAGCACGCAAUGACUUGAACCGCAAGUUCUACGGACAGGAUCUGGAAGCGAGUGCGCUGCUAAGUGGGACAGUUGGCCAGCCUGUGGCGGCAAGGGCGCUAUAUGAGGCACUGAAUAAAGCCAUGCACGGCAUCCAGCAACAUAAAGACGUACUGGCGGAGAGGUCUCGCAUGAUGGGGGCGUGCAACGCUUGCAAUUGUCAAGUCUUUCUGGCUCACCCCUAUCAGCUUUGGAACAAAAGGUGCAAAACGUGUGACCAUAUUCACUAA